UAUGUCCACUGAAACACCAGUCACACUGAAUAUUGAUCCUCAGGAACUGCAGGUCCAAACAUUCACUGUUGAGAAGCUACUGGAGCCUCUUAUAAUCCAGGUCACCACACUUGUAAAUUGUCCCCAGAAUCCUUCCAGCAGGAAAAAAGGACGUUCAAAAAGAGCCAGAGUUCUUCUAGCUUCUGUGGAGGAAGCAACCUGGAAUUUAUUAGACAAGGGAGAGAAGAUUGCCCAGGAAGCCACAGUUUUAAAGGAAGAGCUUACUGCUGCACUCCAGGAAGUUCGCAAAGAGAGUGAAGCUCUGAAAGUAUCAGCUGAAAGAUUUACAGAUGACCCCUGUUACCUCCCGAAACGGGAGGCUGUGGUUCAAGCCGCCCGCGCCUUGUUGGCUGCAGUGACUAGACUCCUUAUCCUUGCGGACAUGAUUGAUGUCAUGUGUCUCUUGCAGCACGUGUCAGCUUUUAAAAGGACAUUUGAGUCUCUUAAGAAUGUUUCCAACAAAUCUGACCUCCAGAAGACCUACCAGAAGCUUGGAAAGGAACUGGAAAACCUCGAUUAUUUAGCCUCCAAACGUCAGCAGGACUUAAAAUCUCCAAACCAGAGGGAUGAAAUCGCAGGGGCCCGGGCCUCACUGAAGGAGAACUCUCCUCUCUUGCAUUCAAUUUGUUCAGCUUGUUUGGAGCAUUCUGAUGUUGCUUCCCUCAAAGCCAGCAAGGACACAGUUUGUGAAGAAAUUCAGAAUGCCCUUAAUGUGAUUUCAAAUGCUUCACAAGGCAUCCAGAAUAUGCCGGCCCCAACAGAACCUCAGGCAACAACCCUGGGAAGUGCCCUUGAGGAGCUUGAGACUUUAAUUGUCUUGGAUCCACUCACAGUGACUGAGGAGGAAAUAAGACCAUCACUAGAGAAACGCCUAGAAGCCAUUAUCAGUGGGGCAGCUCUGUUAGCGGACUCCUCGUGCACAAGGGAUUUUCAUCGGGAGCGAAUCAUUGCAGAAUGCAACGCGAUUCGCCAGGCUCUUCAGGACCUGCUUUCAGAGUAUAUGAACAAUGCUGGAAGAAAGGAAAGGAGUAAUACCCUGAAUAUUGCCAUAGACAACAUGUGCAAGAAGACAAGAGAUCUUCGCAGACAGCUCCGUAAGGCUAUUAUAGACCAUGUGUCCGACUCUUUCCUGGAUACAACAGUCCCACUUUUGGUUCUCAUUGAAGCUGCCAAGAAUGGCCGAGAAAAGGAAAUAAAAGAAUAUGCUGCAAUAUUUCGUGAACACACCAGCAGGCUCGUAGAGGUGGCAAAUCUUGCUUGUUCCAUGUCAACAAAUGAAGAUGGAAUUAAAAUUGUCAAAACUGCAGCCAGUCACCUAGAAACCUUGUGUCCACAGGUUAUUAAUGCCGCACUUGCUUUGGCUGCAAGACCCAAAAGCCAAGUGGUCAAAAACACCAUGGAAAUGUACAAGCGCACGUGGGAGAGUCACAUACAUGUCCUCACCGAAGCUGUCGAUGACAUUACAAGCAUUGAUGACUUCCUUGCUGUAUCUGAGAGCCAUAUCCUGGAAGAUGUCAACAAGUGCAUUAUAGCGUUGAGGGACCAGGAUGCUGAUAAUUUAGACCGUGCUGCUGGUGCUAUCACAGGACGGGCAGCCAGAGUGGCCCACAUUGUCACAGGUGAAAUGGACAGUUAUGAGCCAGGGGCUUACACGGAAGGGGUGAUGAGAAAUGUAAACUUCCUUACAAGUACUGCAAUUCCUGAGUUUGUAACACAAGUGAAUGUUGCCUUGGAAGCCUUAAGCGAGCACUUUAUGGAUGUGUUUGAUGACAAUCAAUUUGUGGACAUCUCAAAGAAGAUCUAUGAUACAAUUCAUGAUAUCAGAUGUUCAGUCAUGAUGAUUCGGACCCCAGAGGAGCUGGAGGAUGUUUCUGACCUGGAAGAGGACUAUGAGGUCCGUAGUCAUGCCAGCGUUCAGACAGAAGGGAAAACUGACCGGGCUAAGAUGACUCAACUGCCUGAGGCGGAAAAGGAAAAGAUUGCUGAGCAAGUUGCUGAUUUCAAGAAAGUCAAGAGUAAGCUGGAUGCUGAGAUUGAGAUCUGGGAUGACACCAGCAAUGAUAUCAUUGUGUUGGCCAAGAAGAUGUGUAUGAUUAUGAUGGAGAUGACAGACUUCACAAGGGGAAAAGGGCCACUAAAGCACACAACUGAUGUGAUCUAUGCAGCUAAAAUGAUAUCCGAAUCAGGAUCAAGGAUGGAUGUCCUUGCUCGGCAGAUUGCUGACCAGUGUCCAGAUCCAUCAUGCAAACAAGACUUGUUGGCCUACCUGGAACAGAUCAAAUUCUACUCUCACCAACUGAAAAUCUGCAGUCAAGUUAAAGCUGAGAUCCAGAACCUGGGGGGAGAGCUUAUUAUGUCAGCUUUGGACAGUGUCACCUCCCUGAUUCAAGCAGCCAAAAAUUUAAUGAAUGCUGUAGUGCAGACAGUGAAAAUGUCUUACAUUGCCUCAACCAAGAUCAUCCGAAUCCAGAGUCCUACUGGGCCUCGUCACCCAGUUGUGAUGUGGAGAAUGAAAGCUCCUGCAAAAAAGCCCUUGAUUAAAAGAGAGAAGCCAGAGGAAACCUGUGCAGCUGUCAGACGAGGCUCAGCGAAGAAAAAAAUCCAUCCAGUGCAAGUCAUGAGUGAAUUUAGAGGCAGACAAUUCUACUGAAACCACUAUUCUUCUCUAGUGCCUAUAUUACAAAGUCCUGGCUAACUGCACUGCUUUAUUUUACACUUGAUUAAUUCUUUAGGUUCACUAAGGUUUGGAGUGUAACCCACAAAUAACAUAAAAUUUUGGAGGCUGAACCAAUGAAAGAAACUUAUAU